AUGGCGGCGGCGGCUGGUUUAACCACCGGGGAGAAAGGUGGGGCCCAGAUGGGGAAUAGGUUUGAUGGUGGGUACGGCGGAAGGGGUGAGAAUCAGAUGAAUUUUGGGAAAUCUAAUGGGAUUAAUGAGAUGAGGGAGUUAGUGGAGAUGUUGUCCAAGCUGAAUCCCAUGGCUCACGAGUUUGUACCUCCUUCUCUUGUUAACAAUCAUGGCAACAUUUUCAGCAACGGCGGAUUCAAGCCUCCGAACAAUUUUGGAAUGUUUAAUCCAAAUGGGAAUCCUAAUGGAAUGAUCAAAAGGGUUACUGAGGAGUAG